GCUUUUCACCUUCUUGUUCUCUUUAUUUUAGAUAUUCCUUAUCUAAGGCAGAAGUGCUAUCCAGCAGUACUGAGCAAGGGCUAUUAAGUUUUAUGGAACACAUAACAACUGGAAUAUAAAAUAUGAAAAAUCAAGGAAUGAAUUAAGGAAGCACUUAGCUAGCUGUUUGUAUUCUUAGCCUUCCACUUAAGUGUCAUGCCUUUAGAAGACUUGCAGUGAAAAAAUGAGACAGUUCCUUGUUGGUGCCUUGUGAAAGAGGUACAAAAUGGCUUACAGCGUGACUCUGAAUGGACCUGGACCAUGGGGUUUCCGGCUGCAAGGGGGCAAGGACUUCAACAUGCCCUUGACCAUCUCCAGAAUCACCCCGGGCAGCAAGGCAGCACAGUCACAGAUGAACCAAGGGGACCUUGUGGUAGCCAUUGAUGGUGUCAACACUGACAGCAUGACCCAUUUAGAGGCCCAGAACAAGAUCAAGUCAGCCAGCCACAACUUGAGCCUCACUCUUCAGAAAUCUAAACGUCCAGUGCCAGUUUCGACCACAGCACCCAGAAUUGACUCUCCCAGGGCUGUAAUUCCCCACCAGAAGGUCAUAACCAACACUGCUGCCAACACGGAGCUCACGGAGCGUUUCAACCCCAGUGUCCUGAAGGACUCUGCCCUGUCUACACACAAACCCAUUGAGGUGAAAGGCCUGGGUGGCAAGGCUACCAUAAUUCAUGCCCAGUAUAACACCCCGAUCAGCAUGUAUUCCCAAGAUGCUAUCAUGGAUGCAAUUGCAGGCCAGGCACAAGCCCAGGGUGGAGAAUUUGCUAGUACCCUUCCUAUUAAAGAUCCUCACGUAGACAGUGCCUCUCCGGUGUAUCAGGCUGUGCUUAAAACUCAGAACAAGCCUGAAGAUGAAACCGAGGACUGGAGUCGCCGUUCUGCCAAUCUGCAGUCUAAGUCCUUCCGCAUCCUCGCGCAGAUGACCGGAACAGAGUACAUGCAAGAUCCAGAUGAAGAAGCCCUGAGGAGGUCAAGAGACAAGGAAAAUGUUGCUGCAGCAUCAGAAAACAGUACCCCUGUCGAGCAUGCUCCAGUGUCUACCAGUUCUGCCUCUGCUCCUGCACCACACGCUUCAGCACAUCAGCCUGCUACUGCUGCUCAGAGUACAGCCAGCCUGAUGACACCACCAGCAACCACCUCAGUAGUGCAAGAGUCUUUCUCCUCCUCCUUCCAAAGAGUGCUUGCAGCCCCCAGCUCUCUUUCACAGCCUAAGCCUUUCCAUGGGCCCAAGAACAUGUCAUUAGCAGCUUCCACUAUUUCAUCUGCUCUCUCAUCUCAGUCUAGUUUCAACCGGCAUUCUUCCACCUCCAUCAGCUACCAGGCAAAGAAGAGAAACACAAGCCAGUCGUAUACCCCGACGCCAGCGUCCGGGAGCUAUGGUGAAAGUCCUGCUGCUUCUGCUACUUCAAAACUGAGAGUUGUUACCACUGCCAGCAUAAAGCCCUCUGUCUACCAGCCAGCACCAGCACCAGUUCAUUCCUACACCUCUGCCAACACUGAGCCUGCAAGUCGUCCUCCCUGGGUAACAGAUGACUCCUUUUCCCAGAAAUUUGCACCUGGAAAAACCACCACCACUGUCACAAAGCACAUCCUGCCAAGGGGUGCUCCAGUACCAUCUCCUGCCUCAACUUCUGCUUACCCAUCUCCAGUUUCAGCUUCUUCCCAGGCUCCUGCAAUAGCCCGGGGAACAGUUCAGAGGGCUGAGCGUUUCCCAGCCAGCAGCCGAACUCCUCUCUGUGGGCACUGCAACAGCAUAAUUCGGGGUCCUUUCCUGGUAGCCAUGGGUCGCUCCUGGCACCCAGAAGAAUUCAAUUGUGCUUACUGCAAGACAUCCUUGGCUGAUAUGUGCUUUGUGGAAGAGCAGAAUAGUGUGUACUGUGAGCGCUGCUAUGAACAGUUCUUCGCCCCGACCUGUGCCCGAUGCCACACUAAGAUCAUGGGGGAAGUGAUGCAUGCCCUAAGAAAGACUUGGCACACAAGUUGCUUUGUCUGUGCUGCUUGUAAGAUGCCGUUUGGGAAUAGCCUCUUUCACAUGGAGGAUGGGGAACCUUACUGUGAGAAAGAUUAUAUUGCUUUGUUCAGCACAAAAUGCCAUGGUUGUGACUUUCCUGUUGAAGCUGGAGAUAAAUUCAUUGAAGCUCUUGGACACACUUGGCAUGAUACCUGCUUCAUUUGUGCUGUAUGCCAUGUGAAUUUGGAAGGUCAGCCAUUCUACUCCAAGAAGGAUAAGCCACUGUGCAAGAAGCAUGCCCAUGCCAUCAAUGUUUAAAAGAAGAGUUGGUAGUCAGUAACACUGGGGAAAAACAGAUGACUAACUGAGCAGUUAUAAAGUUGAUACCCAUGGCUAGCAUUUCUCUUGGUAAAAGCUAGGAAGUUGAUACUUCUGAAGUUUAACUUAAUGAAAGUUUCUCUUUCGUAAAUGCAGACCAUGCUUCUGCAAGGUUCAUACCAAACCCUACUGAAUGAGCGGUCAAAACCAAAUGAACUAGGCCAUUAUUAGGGCAACAGUUGGGGGAAAUAUUGAAAUUAACUAAAAACUGUAAUAUAAAAAGUAAUAUGCAAAUGCAGUUUCAAAUUAACUACCCACAGCAAUUUUACUGCUUAGACCACACACUAGUGUUUAAGAACGACUGGAAAAGUCCUUUUGUAAUAAGUCCUUUUCUUUCAUAACAAGAAUGAGUGAGUGCCACAUGUCCAAUUAUCUGUAGAACCAAAGGCCAUAGCUUUCGAAGGGAAAUAAGUAGAUCGGGGUUUCCUCCAUGAAAAGUGACUGCUGUGACUGCUAUUCCAUUAUGUUGUGGUGCUACCUCAUAGCAUCAAAUAUUUUAGAUUCUUUCCAAAUAAGAAGUCUGCCUUGAAUCCAUAUGUAGCUGGGAAGCCUAGGAGACAAUCCAUACCUUAGUUUGAAAAUGAAGUGGAAACAGAAUAACGCCUUCCAUAACCCAGUCAGAUUGAGAAGAAAAUGUUGGGUCAACCUUGCUAGUGCGCUUGGCUUUUGCAUCCAGAGUAGAUUAGUUCACUUUUCAAAUCACAAUGGAAAAGGACAACGGACUUUCUCCAAAUUGCUCUUUCACUGAAUGGAACAGAGCUGGCUGAAAAACCCAGCUUUUAAUUUGAAACCAGUUUUCCUUUUCUUUUGUUGAAAAAAAAAAUAAAAAAUUCAAAGUUGCUUUGUUUUCUAAUUCCCACUGAUAUCAGUGGGAGGUAGAAAUCCACAUCUGGACCUUCACAUUGGUGAACACAUAGAUCCAGCACAGCUAGGAAGUGGGAGAUAGCUUGCAAAAGUUCCCUAUUCUAUCCCAUAUCGUUAGGAAAAGAGCAUUUUUUUUUUUCCCUAUAGUAAAUUAACACUGAUUAAAAAUCUGUAAGGCAGCAUAACACCACAGGCACAUACUCUUUAUUACUUUUGUUAGUUUAAAUGCAGCGCAUCCUGAUUGGUAGUAGUAUUUGCCAUUGUAAAACAGCAGAUAGGCUCCAACAAUCUGGACAACCACAGAGUCCUCUUUUCUAAUAGUUUAAAGUUUCAAGUUGUUUGAACAGUUAUUUAUAAAACUUUUUUUUUCCUCAAAAGAACAAUACUUGUAGUACUGAUAAUAAUUUUGAAUUUUUAAUUUUAAAUAUCAGUUACUUUUGUAUCGGAGACAGCAGCUCUGACAGAAACAGAGUUAAAAUGGAACAUUGAUCACUAGUCAAGUUUUAUUAAUUUAAGUGAGAAUUAUGAUGUGUGUGUUGACAGCUUGCGGUACUGACAGUUUUGAAUUAGUAUUUCUGAGGCUUCUGUGGGUCACAUUCUGGUGCCAUCUGCACCCUAUUUUACCUUGUGUUUUGAAACAAGAAAUUCCAUAGCACUGACUACCGUUUCCCUCCUAUGCAUAAUGCCCGUUUUAAGAAAACUCAUGUGUCUUUUCAGGGAUGAAAAACUAUCCAAAGCUUGGGGAAGGAAUAAAAGAAAUUUGGAGUUCUAAUAUGAGAGUUAAGUUAGCUGCAGGCAGUCCACAUCUUGGACGAAAAUACCAACAUGAACUGCCCGUGGCAGUUUUGACAUGUGUGACCUGUAUUUAUCAGUAGGUAUCGUAGUGCUCACUGAUCUUAGCAGCGAUCUGAUCCGAGUGCGACAGGGUCAGAUUUUUGUAUGCGCGAAUGAUUCUAAAACACUAGUACAUAAUAUGCAACGCCUUUUUUUAAUACAGCAAACAAAUUUUCUGUUUUCAGUCAGUGCUGAGCAGGUGUGAAUAUGGUUCCAUCGAUUACAAAAUCCAAAGAUUCUCUAGAGGAAUAAAUUGUAAUCAUGGAAGUUAAAUAUUUUUUCCCCCUCACAUUUGACUUCACUAAAUACCUUUUCAUAACAGUGAGAGAAUUCUAGACUUCCUUUUAAUUUUUGAAUGUCAUUCAACAAAAUGCGUUUAUUGUUCUCUCUUAUUUAAGAGAAUUCGAAUCAGCAUAUUAUAUACUAAGACUGCAUUGAAGAUAUUCUUUAGGCAGAUUUCUGUGUUACCCGCUGACUGGGACUAAUCUCUUGCUGUCAGCAUCAAAACAGGGAGUCAGACUCCUUGGGAGGACACAGAAUGCUCGGGGUUGUGAUGCCUCAGGAGAAUUUAAUGAAGUCUUUUGCCUCUAAUCUGCAUGUGUGUAUAUAUGUGUGUGUGUGUCACUCUCCACCUUCCCCCUCAAUGUCCCUAAAAGCUCCCUCUUCACUGGCAGCGUGAAGGAUAAAGCAUUUUAGGAGAUGGCCGGAGAUGAAGGGCUGCAGCUUAGGCAGGGGUGCACUCCGUCAAGAGAUGGUGGUAGCCAGCGUGGCUGGGGCUGUCUUCUCUUUGUCCCGUUGACAGGGGAGCCCAAGUCAGCCUGCGAGUUGCUGGGGUGGACAAGGGUGUGGGAGACAGGGGUCUCAGUGUGGGCAGGGGGAGGCAGGCUUGGGUCAGAGAAGGCAGAGCACCUGCAGCAGCCGGAAUGCAGGGGCUCUGGGGGUCCCUGGUUGAGUGUGAAAAGAUGAGGCACUGAGGAGACAGGAGGCCCUUCCUGAAGCUGGGGUUGGAGGAGGGGGAAUAGCUAGGCAGGGCCAGUUUCACUAAGCUGACAUGUUAGGUAGUUGGGGUGGGGCGGAGGGAGGAAAGGGGGAACAGCCAGGAUGACUCACUGCAGUCGGGGAAAGGGCUUGAAGCAAGAAAUUGGGGUACGAGCAGCUCACAACAGUCCCGGUAGUACGAACAUGGAUAGAAGGGGUGAGCAAGGGGGAUACAGGAUCUGAUCUGGUAAAUGUGAAGUCAGGAAUGCAGAAAGGCGAAUGCAAUGUACGUAAGCACAGCUGAGCUAGCUUGCGGAGUGGCAACAGUGAAAAUGCAGCAGCACAGACUUGGGUGGGAGCUGUACUAGCUCGAGAGAGUCCUGAAAACUUCCUUUUCAGCGGGAGCCGUACUAACUUGAGAGUCCUGAAAAUUUCCUUGGGCAGAUAACCUGCACUGUAACACAUGCCCUGACUCCAGCUGGUGUCUGAGCAAGUGAGAUUAAAGCUAGUUUACAUAUCGCUAUAUGAGGUACAGUGAUAUCUCUGCGUGAAGAGCAGAGAUACCCUGAGGAUUAUCAUGAAAUAAAUUACCUGUUUUGACUUGUGCUGCUUCAUAAUGUGGUCCAAAAAUAGGGAAUCCACUUACCCACCCUUGGUAUCUAUACGAAGAUAUAAUUUUUGCACAUAUCUGAACCAGAAAUUUGUGAAUAAUAAAUAAUGUAGUAUUUUAACUUUCACGGGGGUAGAAUACCACAUAACUGUUGAUACUCUUCUGCUACAUGUCACCUUUGUGAUAUGGAAGGGGGAAAGAUACGUAGAGAUAUAGAUGUAAUUCAGAAUAGGGCCUUUCAGCUAUCGCGGAACAUAAACGCUGUACAAAAAGAUGCAGGAUGAAUAACGUGUACUUGUUCAUGUUUUAUGUCUUGUAAUAGAUGCCUGGGACAAGUUCCUCUAAAUAGUUCUUUUUAUUCUCAUUAAUGUGGGGUUUUACAUAAUAAAACAAAGAUAACUGUACCUCUGAAUGAUCAAAUUAAAAGACCAAUCUUUUAUCUAAUUAAGCGUUCAAUAACUUUUCAAAGGCUUAAACAAUUAUCUUAAUGCUUUUUCUCUUUUUCUGUUCAUUUUGCAGAGCGGGGUAAAUUAAAUUUUUCUAAAGAAGACUGUUUUUAUUAUCUGGGGGAAAAAAAAAACAUCCUUAUGACUUUCUUUUUUUAGAAGUUAGUUUUUACUAUAUUGGAUUUACACAUUACACAUUUCUAAAAAUUCAAAACAAGGAAAAAUAUUUUACUUUGGUCCUUCAGUGGUCAGUACUUUGGGUGAAAUGUGUUGGUUUUUUUUUUAAAAAAUAAUAUUUUUAUUUAUGUUUAAUAAUGUGAAUGUCCACAGCACUGAACACACUCAUUAGUGUCUAAUGCUGGGCACACUAAUGUUUAUUUGCAAUACUUGUCUCCUGGUAGCAGAUAUUAAUUUGUUUAGUAUUUAUAAACAUCAGAAUUUGAAGCUGAGUGAUUUCUUGCCUGCAGUGAUCAUAUUAGGAAUCUAGGUUUUAUAAUAUAUUGACAUGUUGACUUGAUGCCACAAGUGCCCUUGCUCUUAGAUAUAUAUUUUUUCCUAAGUUCCUAGUUAUUUCAGAAACAGAAUGUUAUGUGGUUUAUGAGGUGUGAGUAACUACUUUGCGUGGAUUAUCUGUGCCAACAUGAAUAAAACAGCCUAGUAAUAAAAGCAAUGUGCAAAUACAGUUAAAGCUUUAUGAUUUGGGCAUAUUUAUUAAUAUGGCAUGUGAACAGCUGACAGCUUUCAGCCAUGUAAUACUGAUAAGAAAGCAUACACAAGCUUGUACUCUCUACUUCAGACCUGAAAAUAAAAAUUAAAAGCAUUGGUUUCAGUUUUAUUCUA